CUAGUGAGAGCGGUGAUUGGUGCAGACCCCUGCUAAUCCCCGGAAGGCCCGUAAAGAACUGAGGAAAACGUGAUGGGGGGCAUGCGCGGUUGGGAAGACGGCGCUGCUGUCCGUAGCCGCCUGGGAAGCUCGCGCAAGUAGACGGGGCAUGGACGCCUGGAUCUGAGGGGGCGAGCGAGGGAAGAGGCGGCCGGGCGUGUGAUCUGGUCGUUGCGAACAACGCUACCCCGGGGAACGGGAGGAGGGUGGGAAAGGAGGCGAGCGUGGGGGAAGGGCAAGGUGGCGCUCGGGCUGAUGCGUGGAGCAUUCUGGGAGACAGAGUCCGGCCGGGGAGGGGGAAGUCGGCGAGUGCGCAUGCUUGCGAGCGCGGAGCGGCCCGCUGAGCGUGGAGGUGAGGGCGGGGACCUCUCACCGAGGGAGGCUGGGGCGGGGACCCGGGCGGAGGCCGCCGACUCUCGGAUUCCGGCUGCCCGGCGGGACCCGGAGCGCGGAGCAGACGUCUAGGAGCUCCUCCUCCGGCAAUACGGGCGCUAUCGCGCGAUGCUCUUCAAUCGCAGUGCACUGCCACGGCGACGAGAUCUCGGAGCCCCGCCCCCCGGUUGCCAUGGUGGCACUAAACCAGCUGGGGGAGGGGGAAGGCGGGGGGCUCUCUAAAGUGGAGGUUGCCCUCCAGGAUUUCUGGUAAAUGUAGUUCAGGAAGCUUCGCAGUAGCUGGCUGGCUUAAAAAUGGUCCAGCUUUCUCCCAGGGUUGCAGGCUGGCCUGGAACCUUGAGGAUCGGAGUUUUGACCCACGGGAUCCGGCGGCCCUGGAAGUCGAAUCUACUCACUUAAUAAACUCAGAUUUCUUCACAAAGCCCGCACAUUACUCCCAGCUGCAAAGGGAGCAGCAAUGGCGAGGGAAGGGGGGACAGCCCCACUUACGGGGGACGGUAAAGAUGGGGAAACUGAGGUUCACAGAAACUAGCCAAGGUUAUGUAGCAAAUAGGCAAGAUCAGAAUCUCCGAUCUUGCUUGCAGGCAUCUGGUCCAGUUAUCUUGGGGCCUUUGUGGGCCCCUUGUUAAGAUCCCAUCACCUCCUAACCCUGCCUAAAUCAGGGAGCUGAAGUGAUGGUGGGGCAUUACAUGGUGUGAUAACUUGGGCCGGUUCAGAGGAUGGGACCGAAUGGAGGGAGAGGGGGAUGCUGCCUGGAAGUGUGGCCACAGAGCUGACCUUGCCCAUGUGUGGGAGUGGGAAAGGCUGCCCUGUGGAACCAAGCUGAGAAGAGAAUGGUCAGAGAGACUAGAUGGGAGAGUGGGUGGUGCAAUGAUGGGGUGGUGUUCUGGGUGGUGUAGGGGGAGGGGGGCUGGAGUGUUUCUUAUGGCCAUGUGGUAAAUACUGCAGAUGUCAUUUACUUGGCAGUGGGAGAUCCGCACAUCAGGGAUGGCGUGGUGCAUGUAGAAGGGCAGGAUUUGGGUCCGGGGGGGUGGGGGAUGCCUUCAUAUCCCUAAGAAGCACCCUGUGUUUGGAACAGGGGAAUGCCAGAGACUGUGUGUAAAUCCCAGCUAGAGACCAGAGACACAGGUGCCUGGCAUGUGACCACCUCUCUGUGCCUCAGUUUUCUUCUCUGCCUUCCACUCAGUACAGGUCUGAAGAUGGAACAACGAAGCAUACAGUAGUCGCUCAAUAAGCAUUUACUGCCACUGUUUGUCCUCGCAGUAGCCUCAUCCUCUUCCUCUCCUAGGGAAAGACAUUAUCCUCGGAGCCCCAGCCCAGUCUUUUCAAUGAGGCCCACAGCACUAGGCUCCCCAGGUCACACAGCCCUGGAAGAUGAGGGGCCUGUCAUGGUGAAGCUGGAGGACUCUGAGGAGGAGGGUGAGGCUGCCCAAUGGGAUCCCGGCCCAGAGGCUGCCCGCCAGCGUUUUCGACACUUCCACUAUGAGGAGGCACUGGGUCCCCAAGAGGCCCUGGCCCAACUCCGGGAGCUGUGCCGCCAGUGGCUGCAGCCCGAGGUGCACUCCAAGGAGCAGAUGCUGGAGCUGCUGGUGCUGGAGCAGUUCCUGUGCGCACUGCCCCCCGAGAUCCAGGCCCGUGUGGAGGGCCAGCGGCCAGGCAGCCCUGAGGAGGCAGCUGCCCUAGUCGAGGGGCUACGCCAGGAGCCAGGAGGCCCCCGGAGAUGGGUCACAGUCCAAGUGCAGGGUCAGGAGGUGCUAUCAGAGAAGAUGGAGCCCUCCAACUUCCAGCCCCUCCUUCAAACCAAGCCUCUGACUCCAGAACAUGGGCCUAGGACACCAUCUGAAGCUACGCAGGAGUUACCAUUGGGCCUUCGGGUGAAAGAGGAGCCCACGGUUACAGAUGACCCAGAGCUUCUGGAUUCUGGGCCUCUAGCCAAUCCCCAGGAGGCCACCUCCACUCUCCUGCCUGAAGAGACCCAGGGCUGUGAAAUAGUGCUGGACCAGGCCUCUCCUCACAGCGAAACUGGACUUGAGGGGCCUUCAUGGAGGGAGCAUCCUGGGGUCCUGUGGCAGGAGGAAGCUGGAGGCAUCUUCCCUCCAGGGUUUGCCCUCCACAUGGACAGUGUCUCUGCUGGCCCAGGCACUGUGAGCCCCCACCUCCACAUCCCGUGGGACCUCGGCAUGGCCAGCCUCACAGACCAACUCCGGUCGCCCUCCCAUGAAAGUGGCUUCUCACAUGCACUUGGGCUCCCCAGUGGCCCCGGAGGUGAGCAGAACCCCACGAACGAGGGUCCUCACCAGCUCCUGGGCCCCAUACUGGCCACUGGCCGCUGGCCUACACCCAGGACCAAAGGCCAGGGACGGGGUCGCCCCAGCACAGGCCCCGGGGUGGGGCGGGGUGGCCGCUGCGACGUGUGUGGGAAGGUAUUCAGCCAGCGCAGCAACCUACUGAGGCACCAGAAGAUACACACAGGAGAGCGGCCAUUCAUGUGCAGCGAGUGUGGCCGAAGCUUCAGCAGAAGCUCGCACCUUCUGCGUCAUCAACUCACGCACACUGAGGAGUGGCCGUUUGUGUGCGGCGACUGUGGUCAGGGCUUCGUGCGCAGCGCGCGCCUGGAGGAGCACCGGCGAGUGCACACGGGCGAGCAGCCCUUCCACUGCGCAGAGUGCGGCCAGAGCUUCCGGCAGCGCUCCAACCUGCGGCAGCACCAGCGCAUCCAUGGCGACCCCCCUGGCCCGGGCGCCGCGCCCCCCACGCCUCCCGGUGCCCCGGAGCCCCCAGGCCCCUUCCCUUGCAGCGAGUGCCGUGAGAGCUUCGCGCGGCGAGCCAUGCUCCUGGAACACCAGGCGGUGCACACGAGCGACAAAUCCUUUGGCUGCGUGGAGUGUGGGGAGCGUUUCGGCCGCCGCUCCGUGUUGCUGCAGCACCGGCGAGUCCACAGUGGAGAGCGGCCCUUUGCCUGUGCCGAGUGCGGCCAGAGCUUCCGCCAGCGCUCCAACCUCACGCAGCACCGGCGCAUCCACACGGGCGAGCGUCCCUUCGCCUGCGCUGAGUGCGGCAAGGCCUUCCGCCAGCGGCCCACGCUCACGCAGCACCUGCGCGUGCACACGGGCGAGAAGCCCUUCGCCUGCCCAGAGUGUGGCCAGCGCUUCAGCCAGCGUCUGAAGCUCACGCGCCACCAGCGGACGCACACCGGGGAGAAACCCUACCACUGCAGUGAGUGUGGCCUGGGCUUCACGCAGGUGUCACGGCUCACCGAGCACCAGCGGAUCCACACCGGGGAGCGGCCCUUCGCUUGCCCUGACUGCGGCCAGAGCUUCCGGCAGCACGCCAACCUCACGCAGCACCGGCGCAUCCACACGGGCGAGCGGCCCUACGCGUGCCCGGAGUGCGGCAAGGCCUUCCGCCAGCGGCCCACGCUCACACAGCACCUGCGCACCCACCGGCGGGAGAAGCCCUUUGCCUGCCAGGAUUGCGGCCGCCGCUUCCACCAGAGCACUAAGCUCAUCCAGCACCAGCGCAUCCACAGUGCGGAGUAACGGCACUCACUGUACCCCUUCUUCUCUGCGUCUCCGCUUCUGGCCUUUGGUUACAGAGGAGGGUCUUCGCUCCGAACACUAACCUCACAGGGUUGCUGUGAGGCCUCUGAUCAAGUCUGGGUACAGACGGGCCCACUCAGGACCUGGCGCCCAGUAGGAGCUCAAUAAACAGUAGAUGGACCGUGGGUCUGGAAAUCUACACACUCAGUGCCUCCCGACCUGCACAGGUCCCUCUUCCCCCCACCCCCACCAUCUACCACUUCCGCAACCAUGCAGUCUCUGAGAGCCAUAGACUCCUAGCAGCCCCUCCCAAGGGCUAUGGAUGCCACCUUGUACUGUGGCUCCUGUACUCUUUGCCAUGACAGCUUCAACCAGCACAACCAUGGGCCAAGCCAACUGCCAGGUGAGAACUGGCCCAGUUUUCCCCUACCAGCCAAGAUCAUCAAGGGCAGUACAAGUAGCAAACUGGUGCCCAGAAGGCCAGAGCUAGGGAUGUGUCUAUAAAACUUUAACCUUAAGAAGCUAUUUCUUAGGCAUAAAAGCUAGAAGGUUUUAUCUGGAAAUCUAGAUUCUUUCAUGCAUGUUAACUACCAGCAGAUGCUGAGGUUAGGUUCCCCUUAGGAUACCCCAGCCUGUCCAGAAAUCAAAGUCCACUGGAGGCCCCAGGCCAUUUCUCUAUCCCCCUAGUGAUCAUUCACAUUCUGUGGGCCACAGCUGCCGCCAACCCUGGCCAGGUGUGCAACCCCCAAGGGCUCCCCAACACUGGGUGGUGGUCCCUAUGAAGAAUGUGUUCAGCAGCAAGUCACAGGAAGCACAGCUGUCAGCAGCUUACAUAAAAGUGCGGAUGCUGCCAGUGCAGGUUCAGUGGCUUGCACACUGGGCUGGCAUCUCUGGAACCCUCUGGACUUUUCACAUGCCAUUGCUUCUUGCCCUAAUUAUCUUUCCCUUCCAUCCAAAUUGUGCAGACUCUUGACCUAGUGUGCCCCCCAACCCCAACCAGUGGGUACCCUGGGGGCCAAAAGCAGGAUGAGAAGCAGUGCCAAAGGAAAGAUCUUCAUGCAUCGGGAUCUGGCUUGGGACAUAAACCCCACUCUGGCCAAGUGUCAGCCUGCCCUUGGCCUGAGGGGUUCUAAGAACAACCUUUUGAGGCUCACGUGUCUAAGCUUCUUCCAGGGAUACAGCUGGACUUUGCUACAAGACUGGGGUCCUGAAAUCUGGGAAAGAAGCCAGCCUCAGCCAGAAGCUUCUAGUAGUCAUCCCAAAGAAGGUGUGUUCCCUACCUCUUUCCCUCCCCCACUCCACCCCUCUCCACCGCCCCCCUGACCUACCCCCAGCCAGGACCAGGGCCACUCUGGCAUCUACAUCUGGCAAAGUCAACAACUCCCCAUGGAGGGGUACUUCCAUGUGGCACCGUUGGGAGGUGGGGGGAGGCCACCUGGGCCCUAGGCCAAUACUUCUGUCCUCUUAACCACAAACAGAACUCUUAAGGACCAUGACCUGGGAUAUACUAAUCAGAGGGGUAGAAAGCAGUCACUGGGUCCCUAGGUGGAGGCUAGGAGUCAGAUUAAGAAAGGCACACAAAUACUGAGGUAGCUAGUGUUGUGAGGUUGAGUAUUGCCGAACUUUAUAAAUCCUGUAACAUGGAUUUUUUUUUUCAAGUCCUGUGUGAAUUUUAUAAUCAGAAAAAAAGAGGACAAGAAAGCUCACUCUCGUGUUUUGAUCAUCUUGGUGUUUGAAGAACAUGAAGAGAAAUCUGCACACGUAUGACUACUUAAGAACCUGAAAUUACACACAGGAAAAAUUAUUAACACACGUGAAAGGCAUGGCGACAACAGGCCAGGGCCCAGUGCCCAAAGUCAUAAGUCCACAGACUCGCCUGCUGAGCCAGUCCUCUAAGAAAGAAACAUGAAGUGAUGGGAGAGUCCCCCAUGAAGGGUCAUUUCUGCAGUUGGCUGGGGUCAGCCCUGCAAGCCAGGCUGGGGGUUGUGAACCCAAGUGCUACCAUACU